AUGGAUCUCGCCCAGAUGUUGGUGCGCUCUUGUAUGCGCUCGUUCUAUGACACAAAACAUAUCCUUGUGAUUGAUGCGCUCGUCAUUCACUCCGCCUUGCGCGAUGAUGAUUUAGCAUACCUGAUGAGCAUAAAUACGAAGGAGCUUCACAAGCUUUGUGGAAAGUUGAAGGAGGAUCGAUUUCUUGCAGUGCAUUCCCGCCCAGAGAUCAAAGAAGGCCAACAACGACCAAUCAAUCGAACUUACUAUUUUAUCGAUUAUCGCGCAACAAUCGAUGCGAUUAAAUGGAGAGUCUACCAAAUAGACAAGGCUGUUCAAGGAAAUACUGUGCCAGAUGAUGAGAGAAAGGAAUACUUUUGCCCUCGAUGCAAAUCAGAAUGGACAACCUUCGAGGUUUUGGACAAGAGAAAUUAUGAAGGCUUUUUAUGUCACAAAUGCGAUUACCUUCUGGUACACGACCCUGACAAUAACCGUGGUGGACAUGAACAGUCAUCGAAACUCAAUGCACAGUUUAAAUUCAUCACCGACUUACUCCCAAAAAUCGAUAAGGUGGUCAUCCCUGCAAACACCUUCGAACAAGCUCUCUCAACGGCUCGUAAAGUGGUUCGAGAUGAAGCUAAUCCUGGCAGUGAAACUGCACCCGUCGCUCUCUCUUCGGAGCGACCAACUGCUGUUCGUGGUCUGGAUAAUACUGGACCGACGUCCAUCUCAGUUACUUUGACGAACGGAGAAGGACCUACAGCUGCGGACAUCGCUGCUGAACAAGCUCGCAAAGAGAAAACGGCUGCUCAAAAUGCGUUACCUCAGCAUUUCACUCACAGUACUAUCACUGGAGAGCAGGUCAAGUUUGGCAACCAACCUACGGCCUCUAUUGGCCCUGCAGUUGACACCAACAAGAAGGAUAUCAAACCUGAUACCGACGGUACUGGUGAAGGGGCUGAAAUUGAUGAUUAUUUUGCGCAACUAAAGGCUGCACAAGCUAAAGAACUCGAACAAGAGGCCGACGAAGAGUAUGAAACCGACGAAGAAGAAGAAGAAGGCUUCGAAGACGUCAUUCCAAAUGGCACCACAUCUGGUGCCGCCACUCCAGCUAGCUCGGUCGGAGGCACAGAAACUAAGCCCAGUGUAACGAGUGGUAGUGGUCUCAGUGGUGUUCUAAAGCAUUCACGAAAUGAAAGUGUUUCAGCAAGUGGAACGAGCACAGGCGCAGGAAGUCCGGUAACAGGACCUAAUACACCGAAUGAGGAUAGACCAACGAAGAGAGUUAGAAUUGAAGAGCCUGCUCCAGCAGCACCGGCUAUAAAAGAUGAAGAGGAGAGUGAAGAGGAUAUGGAGUUUGAAGACGUUUGA